GUGUGUCAAGUUGCCCUCUUGACAUUUCCUUCUCAAUUCUGUUGUUCUUGUUCUUCUUGUUGCUGGGUUUGCCUCUUUUAGCCUAAAGGGGGCACUGUAGCCCAACAUGCUCCGUCUGGGAUUCUGGGUGGCUACCCUGCUCUGCAUUUCUGCCCCCAGCAGUGUCUGGAGCGACUGCUGGCUUAUCGAAGGAGACAAGGGUUACGUCUGGCUCGCUAUCUGCAGCCAGAACCAGCCUCCGUACGAGACCAUCCCCCAGCACAUCAACAGCACUGUGCACGACCUGCGGCUGAAUGAGAACAAGCUCAAAGUGGUGCUCUACUCCUCCCUCAACCGCUUUGGUAACUUGACAGACCUCAACCUGACGAAGAACGAGAUCUCCUACAUCGAGGAUGGAGCCUUCAUGGGGCAGUCCAACCUGCAGGUGCUGCAGCUGGGUUACAACAAGCUCACCAACCUGACAGAGAGCAUGCUGCGCGGCAUGGGCCGGCUCCAGUUCCUCUUUGUGCAGCACAACCUGAUCGAGGUGGUCACCCCCACUGCCUUCAAUGAAUGCCCCAGCCUCAUCAGCAUCGACCUGUCCUCCAAUCGCCUCAGCCGCCUGGAGGGUAGCACCUUCACCAGCCUCAGCAACCUGAUGGUGUGCGAACUGGCUGGGAACCCCUUCAACUGCGACUGCAACCUCUAUGGUUUCCUCAUGUGGCUGGUGGCCUUCAACAAUGUUACCAAAAACUAUGACCGCCUGCAGUGUGAGACUCCCCGGGAGUUUGCCGGCUACCCACUUCUCAUGCCUCGGCCACACCACAGUCGCAAUGCCAUCACCAUCUUCAAGUCAAUGUGUGGGGAUGGCAAUUACCCAUUGAUCUCCAGGAUCAACCCCACACCAUACAUCCCAGAUUCUCAGAGGGAGGAGGACAAUGCUGAGAACUCAGGCAUCAGCCCAGACUUCCUCUCAGUAGAGCCUCCAGCGUCUUCCACCACAGAUUCCUCUUACAUCCCCAGCAUCAAGCUCCAGCAGGUGACUAUCACCUCAGCUGCCUUGGUGGUGACCAUCCCAUUCCCCUUCAGCAAGAUGUAUGUGCUGGUCCAGUACAAUAACAGCUACAUCUCUGAUGUAAUGACUCUGAAGAAGAAGAAGGAAGUUGUCACUCUCACCCACCUGAAGGCUCAUACAGACUAUACCUUUUGUGUGGCUUCCAUACGCAACUCCAAGCGCUAUAACCACACCUGCCUCUCCUUUGCCACCAGGAGCAAAGGGAGAGAGGAACCCAUGGCCAACACAUCCACCACUACCCAUUACAUCAUGACCAUCUUAGGUUGUCUUUUUGGAAUGGUUAUUAUCCUUGGCAUUGUUUAUUAUUGCCUGAGGAAGCGUAGGAUGCAAGAGGAGAAGCAAAAGUCCCUCAACGUCAAGAAAACCAUUUUGGAGAUGCGUUAUGGCUCAGAUAUUGAUACCAGCUCAAUCGUACAUCCGUCACAGAAGUUGGGGGAGCCGCCUGUCAUCCCUGUCUCACGGAUGUCCUCUCUUCCAUCCAUGAUUGGGGAGAAGAUGCCCUCAUCCAAAUCCAUGGAGGCUGGCAUGGAUACUCCCAAGGUCACCACCAAGGGCAAUUACAUUGAGGUUCGGACAGGUGGCGGGGAUGGGCUGGACAGGUCACAGCGGGAUGAUGACCUGCAUGAACUGGAUAAUGGGCAAGGUUCAGCUGCUGAAAUCUCAACAAUUGCCAAGGAAGUGGACAAGGUGAACCAGAUAAUCAACAACUGCAUUGAUGCCCUCAAGCUGGACACAGCCUCUUUCUUGGGGGGAGGGGGUGGUGUUGACUCUGACAUGGCUUUUGAAUGCCAGUCCAUACCAGCCGGUUCCUCUGUUGGGCUGGAGCGGCCAAGCUUCCUCUCACCACCCUACAAGGAGAGCUCCCACCAUCCCCUGCAGCGUCAGCUCAGUGCAGAUGCUGCGGUGACCAGGAAAACCUGCAGCGUCUCCUCCAGCGGCUCCAUCAAGAGUGCCAAGGUCUUCAGCCUUGAUGUACCCGACCAUCCACCUUUGAGUAAGGCAGACUCCAAGUACAUUGAGAAAGGAAGCCCACUCAACAGCCCCUUGGAUCGUCUUCCCCUCGUGUCCCCAGGUGCCAUCCACCACCUGGAGGUGAAACCAUCCUACCACUGCAGUGAACACCGGCAUUCCUUCCCAGCUCUCUACUAUGAGGAGAGCGGUGACACCUUAAGUCAGAGGGUGUCCUUUCUUAAGCCACUCUCCCGGUCCAAGCGGGACUCCACAUAUUCUCAGCUCUCACCUAGACAUUACUUCUCGGGCUAUUCCUCCAGCCCAGAGUACUCCUCAGAGAGCACCCAUAAGAUCUGGGAGCGUUUCCGGCCUUACAAGAAGCACCACCGGGAGGAGGUUUACAUGGCGGCCGGCCACGCCCUGCGGAAGAAGGUCCAGUUUGCCAAGGACGAAGACCUGCACGAUAUCUUGGAUUACUGGAAAGGUGUCUCUGCUCAGCAGAAGUUGUGACUCUCUCAUUAAAAGAAAGAAAAUCAACACACAAACACACACAUACACAAAUUAACCCACCUGACUGUGAAAAACAAAAACAAAACAAAACCCUGAUAAAAGAAACUGAAAACCAUUUCUUAAAAGUUUACAAAAAUGAACAGGAAAAAAGGCCCAAGUAAAGUGAAUUGUCUCUACUGUGUUAUGGGGACCACUGUUAACUCCUUCGGAUUGGUGGGGAGGAGACACUUGCUUUUAAACUGAAGUAAAGAGAAGGGGGUGACUGUUAAGGGAGAUACUGGGCUGGUAGGUAGCAGAAGUAGCAAAGGAAGGAUGCUAAUCAGGCAUAGGCUAAGACAGCCCACAUGAUUUUUCUGUUCCGGUUUGCUAUCUUGUUCCAGAAAGAGAGGAUUUUGCUUAUUCCCCAGACAAAAGGGAGGCAGGGAAGGGGUGAUGCCUCCUCAUUCUUCCCUUCCCUAUACUUAAAGGGGCUCUUAAAAGGUUGCCUUAGCGCAGCCUUCCCCAACUUGGUGCCCCCUCAUAGGCUUUGCACUAUGUCUAUUACCAGACCCAUCCAGCAUGGCUGUGGUGCCCAAGGCUGAUGGGAAUUGUAGCCCAAAACAUCUGGAGAGCACAAGCUUGGUGAAGGCUGGCCUAGUGCACGGGAGGCACUUUCCUGUGAGUGGAUCUCCCACAGCUGGGGAAGCAUUUCAACAACCCAGCCAUGCGGCCAAGGGCCAGUUGUGUGAGUGCGGAAUGUGGGAUUAGCAGCCUGCAGAGAGUACAAGUGUCAGUCUCAUGGGAAAGACCCAGGUGGCCAACCUCUGCUGCUGUGGUUGGGUCAUUUAACAUUAGCCUCAGCUGUGUUGGCACAGCUUGUUGAAAAGUGAUCCCCAUUGUUUCAAGGGCCUCAGAGUCCAGAUGAAGACAUGGUGUAAUACAAAUGUCCUAUCUGUGCUCAGAGAAGUUUUCUAGGUCUACUGCCCUGCUCCCACCUCCUCCAUAUAUCCUUAUCUGCACAAGGACAGGAGCAAAGAGCAAAAAUGGAGGCUUUCUUGGCAUGUCCUCACCUGCCCAUGAACCUUGUGUGGUGUAGGCUGCCGCAAGAUGGCUUGGCUUCCUCCACUCUGGAAGGGGCUGGGAGAUGGAGCAUCAGUAGUAGGGUCUCCUCCAUACCCUUCCUCAUUUGUUAGGAAGAGAAAGAGCAUUAGCAAGGUGCCUCCCUGCACCUCAGUGGGCUGUUCAGUUGUCUUCCAAGAGGAGAGGGUGAUUGUGCUGCCUGACACAUGGAAAGAGGAAUUGCCAAGGUGAGGGGAAGAGAAGGAUGGCAGCAUCUGCAACCCUUCUAUGAUCUCAAGGAACCCUGACCCCGGAUACACCUGGCUUAGGGAACAGCACACAACUCCAUCCCAGAAUAUGUUGGGCAUCCUGCAGAGCAGAGUCUCAUGAUGGACAGGCAGAUGGGCUCCCAUCCGCUGCUGCUUACGCUGAAAGAAUGGCUGUGAUCAGCUAUGAGGUCCUUGGUGGGCGAGGCGAAUCUCAAAUAGGCUUCCUUUACACCUCACUGCCAGAUCUUGACCCAAUUAGGGAUAUAGGAAGGGAAUCAAUCUAACACUCUGAUGGUUGAAUAAAUACACUGCACUGCAGCGGUAGCUAGCAUAGUGCCCUCCAGAUGUUGGGACCGCAGCUCCCACCAUGCCUGGACAUUACCCAUCUUGGCUGGGGCAGAUGGGAGUUGCAA